AGAAGGAGGAGGAGGAGUGUAUGUUGACUACAGAGCAUAUGAACAGAGACUGGAGCUGUGGACUCACAGGUCUAUACUGAGACACUACUGACUACUGGAGUCGGUACUACAGGACUUCCAGACACACUACGGAAACUAUUGGAGUGUUGAACUGAAUCUGAAACGGAACAGAAUCAUGUACUGCACUUCCUAUCCUGUCUCUGCCGGGACCACCAGCAAUAACCUGAUGUAUUGCUACGUCAAAUCGGUUUACGAUCAAUCUCCAAGUCACCACGACCUCAACCCUGACUCCUCCUCACACCUCUCCUCCUGUGGCGAACAACAGGGCAUUAACAGUUCACCUGACAUGUGGAACUCCAAUGGAAUGAACCAGGCUGGCUAUGGAGCAAUGGGAGGGGCUUCAGCCCACCAAUCAGGAAGCUACAGUAACCUGCAACCGUCACACAAUCACCUGGUCUAUUCUCCCCAUUCAGUCUCGCCUGUAGAGGUGAACAGGGGUCUUCCUCCUAUGUCUACCUUCCACCGUAACAACCCUGCUUCAUCUCACUCCCUGUCAGCCAACAGCUCAGAGAACACAACAGGACACCCGUCUACAGGAUGGUCUCAGACCGGAGCAGCCCUGGGGAAAACACUGGCUUCUAUGUAUUCUCCUGACUACACUAGCAGCAGUGAAAACUCCUCCACACCAGAGAGGUCUCCAUCUCCACACACAGGGUCGGCAACGGGUCCCCCAGCUAACCAGGCCUCUCUCUCCUCCAGCUACCAGGCCUCCCCUAUAUCACUGUCUCAGUUGGAGAAUCGUCUAGACAGAUUGGAUGAUGUGAUCUAUGUGCUGCAUAACCAUGCGGCAGGACCCAUCCCCAGCCUGCCGUCUGACAUCCACAGCCUGUUGAACCAGGCUAACCAUGGACACAGAACCACCAUGGCACAUGACACAGCCAUGGUAGAGGCUGUCAAUCUGAACGACAACAACCACCACCCUGUGUUGCAGAGCCGUUCACAGAACAACCAAGGCCACUCCUUCCCAGCGGGUCUUCCUGCAGGACUUGGUGGCUUGGAGCUGAAGUUGGAGGGUCUGGAGAAAGAUGAGCAGUAUGAGCUACAUCACAGCCAUCACUACCAGGGUCACAGACACAGCCACAGCUCUGACAGCCACAGCCAGCGCUCCGACGAGGAGAGCGUGUCACACAAGACGCAAGGAGACAGCAGGACCAGCAGCAUCCAUGAGGAAGAGGACAACCUGAGUCCGGAGCAGAAGGCUGAGCGGGAGCGGGAGCGACGGAUGGCCAACAACGCCCGCGAGCGCCUUCGUGUCCGUGACAUCAACGAGUCAUUCAAAGAGCUGGGUCACAUGACCCAGCUGCACCUGAAGAGCGAGAAGCCCCAGACCAAGCUGCUUGUUUUACACCAGGCCGUGGCUGUGAUACUUAGUCUAGAACAACAAGUCAGAGAGCGUAACCUGAACCCUAAGACAGCCUGUCUGAGGAGGAAGGAGCAGGUGAAGAUGUCAGCUGGGUUAACAGAUGCCCAGGGCCUGCAGCAACACCAGGCAUCACCGCAUCCUGGACUAGACACUGCUAACCCCAUGGGACAUCAUGUCUAAACAUCUAAAACAGAUGAAGUGUGGAAAAGGAUCAUCCUGAGAUGGUGAAAGACCAUUCAAUGACAUUCAGUGUUAUCUCUGGGACCCAGUAGCGAAGAAACAGAAGGAUUUUCGUUGGGGGGGGGGGG